AUGGACGGUCGCGUGACCUCUUUCGCGUGUGACACUCCGCGUGGGAUUCAGCUUAAGGAAAACGUCCCGCUAAACGCUAUGGGCACAGGCGGCACGUCUUGUGAUUCUGGAACGGCAGACUCUCUUCUGAGCGUACAACAGUCGGUAACUGUGGAACAGUCGGUCACCACCACUGCAGGUGACAGGGUGCCAGUCCCUGGCAAGGUAGCACCUGAACGUCCUACGGAGAAAAAACUGAACAGCGGCCGUGAUCAUCCGGGACCGACACUGCUGCCUUCAAAAAAACGGAGUGGGGAGUCUCUCUGCUUGGCGAACAACAAGCGACCGGUGCCAGGAUCCGGGCACACGUUUUCAGGAAUAGAGAAGCGAACAUGUCGUUCGACUACGCUCACUUCGUUUUUCCUUCCACGGCAGAAAGUUGCUGGGACAGAGCGGACGCCAGGCGCUGGUCUGUCGCCAGCCACCUGCAGCCGCCAAGGGGAACCCGUGUGUAAAACUCGUCUUUCACAGACUGAGACCGCGCUUGCAGGAAACAGUCCGGAGGACCGUACCUCGACCCAGCAAGGCUGCGGGAAUGUGUCUGCGGCCCUUUCCACAUCGUCGCCCGGUGAUCUCUUUGUUGAUCCCGACGGGGAAAUGAGACCUGUUGCAGAUGCUGAAGCGGUGUGGCGCCAGACGCUUGGAGACUCCUGGUUUGAGGCUCUGAAAGACGAGUUGCGGUUGCCAUACUUCCGCAAUUGCAUGCAGUUUGUGCGCCGGGAGCGUCAAAAGUACCGGGUGUAUCCGCCUCACCACUUGGUCUUCAACGCCUUCAAAACGACCCCGCUCGACACCGUGAAAGUUGUUGUCGUAGGGCAAGACCCUUAUCAUCAGCCGCGGCAAGCGAUGGGCCUUUCCUUCUCAGUGCCGCGUGGCGUUCCCUUGCCACCUAGUCUGAAGAAUAUCUUCAAGGAAAUUGCUCGCAACUAUCCGGAGCUCAAGGUGGUGGAUCCCCUCACAAAUAAGAUCUCAGGGGCAGUUCAGGGGGACCUGACAGUCUGGGCGUCUCAGGGCGUGUUCCUGCUUAAUUCUCUUCUUACGGUUCGAGAGAGUACCCCGAUGUCUCACCGAGAUGCGGGCUGGGACCGAUUUACAACCAAGGUGAUUGACGUGAUCAAUACGCGGCGCCAAGGGAUUGUCUUCCUUCUGUGGGGCAAACCGGCGCAGAAAAAGUCUGCAGGUGUGAGCCGCGUUCGCCACCGAAUCUUAGAAGCCGGGCACCCAUCUCCUCUUUCGGUUCGAUUCUUCCAGGGAUGUCAGCAUUUUUCGAAAUGCAACGAGCUACUGAGAGGAAUGGGCAAAGAAGAAAUAUCUUUUGCUCCUUCUUCGUGA